AUGUCGAUAAAUGGGAUUAUUAUAUCUAAGGAAGAUGUUGCAUUACAUUGCUUGCUUUGUUUCUUACAGGCUCUUAGGGCUGUUUCACACAAUUACCCAAGUAUUAUGUGUUCCUGUUGGAAACAAAUUUCCGCCAUGGUUUAUGGUCUUUUGAGGGCAGCUACUCCUGAAGUUCCUGCAGGGUCUUGGAAGGGGCAUACCGGAAAUUUUGUUGGAUUUCUUGGGGAAAAAGUCAUUACAGCUGCUAUUAAAGUUUUGGACGAAUGUCUACGUGCAAUAUCUGGAUUUAAAGGAACUGAAGAUCCUUUAGAUGAUAAAUUACUUGAUGCCCCAUUUAUUUCUGACUGUGUAAGGAUGAAGAAAGUUUCAUCGGCUCCUUUGUAUGAACCAGAGAGCUCAGAAAAUACUAGAGAUGAACCCACAUCAAGUCAAUCCGGAAAUGAACAGUGGUGUGAGGCAAUUGAGAAGCAUAUGCCUUUGGUUCUACACCACACUUCUGCAAUGGUGAGAGCUGCCUCGGUUACUUGUUUUGCUGGUAUAACUUCUUCUGUCUUUUUCUCAUUCUCUAAGGAAAAGCAAGACUUCAUUCAUUCUAAUUUAGUUCGUUCUGCUGUAAAUGAUGAUGUGCCUUCAGUUAGGUCAGCUGCUUGUCGAGCCAUUGGCGUCAUUUCAUGCUUUCCUCAAGUUUCUCAAAGUGCAGAGAUCCUUGAUAAGUUUAUUCAUGCUGUGGAGAUUAACACUCGCGAUCCCUUGGUCUCGGUGCGAAUAACUGCUUCUUGGGCUGUGGCAAACAUAUGUGAUUCUAUUCGUCAUUGUAUUGAUGAUUUUGCCUUGAAACAGUCUGGAGGCUCUCCUGAAAUCUCUAAAUUAUUCACAUUAUUAACUGAGUGUGCUUUGCGUCUGACUAAGGAUGGAGACAAGAUUAAAUCAAAUGCUGUAAGGGCUCUAGGGAAUCUUUCAAGAUCUAUCAAAUAUACGAGUGAUAGUGACAGGACAGUGGACAAUAAGGGCUCAUCUCUAAGGAGCACUAAACCUGAGGAAUUGCCGUCAAGCAAUUACAGGGCAGGAAGCCAACAAGAUGUAUCAAUAUCACACCAUCCAGCUUCUUUGGGAGAUUCACGUUGGCUUGAAAAGGUCGUUCAGGCAUUUAUUUCUUGUGUUACGACUGGUAAUGUUAAGGUCCAAUGGAAUGUUUGUCACGCUUUGAGCAACCUGUUUCUGAAUGAGACAUUAAGACUGCAAGACACGGAUUGGGCUUCAUCUGUAUUUAGUAUUCUACUACUACUAUUACGUGAUUCUUCGAACUUUAAGAUCAGGAUCCAAGCUGCUGCUGCUCUGGCGGUGCCAGCAUCAGUACUUGAUUAUGGGGAAUCCUUCUCCGAUGUCAUCCAGGGUCUGGUGCAUAUAUUAGAGAAUCAAGGUUCAGACCAUAUUGCAUCACCAUCAAAUUUCAAAUAUAGAGUUGCACUUGAAAAGCAGUUGACCUCAACCAUGCUGCAUGUUCUUAUCCUCGCUUCAAGCUCUGAUCAUGAACCCGUCAAAGAUUUUCUUGUGAAAAAAGCCUCAUUCCUUGAAGAUUGGUUCAAGGCACUGUGCUCGUCACUAGGAGAGACAAGUUGUCAAGCGGAAGUUGAAAACGAUAAGUUCAUUGAGAAUCCGAAGAAAGAGAUGAUACGUAACGCAAUUGGGUCGCUAAUUCAAUUGUACAAUUGGAGGAAGCAUCAUGCAAUUGCACAGAAAUUUGACAAGUUAGUGAACAGCAUCCAGUGAGUUCUCUCAGUUACGGGAAAUGCUGCUCUUUGAAGACAAAUAUUUAAUUGUGAUAUGAGAUUGUAGGGAAGCACCGUCGGGCGGCUGUUAGACAUACGAGGGGGCUCUUCAGGAUCAUAUGCUAAUUAGGUUGUAGCUCUCUCCUUUUCUUUUCUUUUCUUUUUUUCCUUAUUUGGUGCCUUUUUCUUGGGUAUGGGUAGGGUAUGGAUGGGGUUGGUUAAGAUCCUAAAUAGGUGAAAUUUGUUGUAUUGUUGUGCAUAUAUAAUAUUAUGGUUGUCCUUUAUUUAAUUUAUGACCUUAUUGUAUGGUUUCUGUGGACUAAAAUAUAGAAGUUCCUUUCGGCUAUAAA